CACCAAUACUUCAUAAUUUACAUUUUAUGACGUUGAAAAACCACAAAUGCGACACGUAGCGCAUGAGUAGAGAGGGUUGCGCAAGACGGGAACACCUACCGAUUCACAGAUUGGUUUAUGGUGCGAAUUGUAAUACCCGAGAUCUUGGUACCUAGUAUUGAAAGGCUGGUCAUAAUGAAAAGAUUAGGAGCUUGGUUAAUAAUUUUUUAUUCAGUUUGUUCCAUAGGAGAGUGCUUUCGUUCUCGGAGGUUUUAGCAAUUUACACUCUUUCGCCUCACUCGUACCGAGACAGCAGUAAUGGGGCUUUUGAUCAACCGUCCACGCCCGACUACGGAGCAGGCGACUACCGCAAUGGAUGGAGAAACGGGUGGUGUAAAUGAAAGUGCACGGAGCUCUGUCGCUGAACCUGAAGGAAAUCAUCUUCGCCUUUUCAAUGGCAGACGCUCAGGACAUCCUCACCUUAAUCUUAACAUAGACCACAGCGCAGGUGCGCUGCUCGCCAGUACUGAUCCAGGAACCAUGACCCAUCCUGGCAUGACCAGGAGCAGGAGUAUAGGGUUAUUGCAGAGCGAUCGCGAAUCUCGCAUUCGAACUUUGUACCUAGAGAAAGAGCACUUACUUCACCGCUUGUCACUGACAAACGCCGAGUUGGAACAGCUGCUGGGUGCAGCUGCUAUGCCGAGCUCUGUAAUGAUGGAGAGAGCGGGCGGCUACGACACGUCAAGGAUAGACUAUCCAAACCCAGCGUUAGCUACACGCUACGUUCAAGUUCCACCGCACCGGAGAUCGCCAUUGUGGACGGAACACGAGGAACUUCAAACCACCGCGCAGAGUACUUUUCAGUCGAUAGUCCAUACAAGACAUUCAGCUAGCACGACACCAUUGACCUUAUCAGAAGUAUCAGCCUCCGUACUGAAUGCUGCGUCUCGGUCUCCUAUUAUGCCACCUAUAUAAUGCAUAUAAUUACAGUUGCUUUCGAAAAUACAUCAUGCUAGGCUGACGGAAAUCUGUAAUAACAACAUAAAGAUAG